AUGACGGACGGGAAAGCGGGGACAGCCGCUUGCUUUGGGACUGUAACGAAGAGAAUUCGCAAAAUAUUCAGGCAUUUUCCCAAGUCAAAGUCUUGGUCGGAGGGACUCUGGCUGCUGAGGAGGCCGAGCAGGGAGGUCUGGCUGGUUAGAGACUGCAGAUACACCUGCCACCAGGAGUGCCGCAGCCUCAUCCAGCUGGACUGCCGCCGGCCGGGCCCGUGCCAGAGCCAGCUCUCGCCCGAGAGCACCCUCCUGCCGCCCCGCAGCCAGAAUGUAACACAAACAGUCGAAGAAGAAAAACCCGAGCCUCCGACUAUCCAAGAGAUCAAACAGAAAAUUGAAAAAUACAACGCAAAAGUUACAAACUGCCUGUUGAUGAAGCUGAAUGACGAUGGGACGUACACGGGCUUCAUUAAAGUGCAUUUGAAACUGUGCCGCCCAGUGACGGUACCGGCGGGGAUCCGGCCGCAGUCCAUCUACGAUGCCCUGAAGGAGGUGAACCUGGCCGAAAUGACGGACAAGAGAACCUCGUUCUACUUGCCGCUGGAUGCCAUCAAGCAGCUCCACAUCAGCAGCACCACCACGGUGAGCGAGGUGAUCCAGGGGCUCCUGAAGAAGUUCAUGGUGGUGGAUAAUCCUCAGAAGUUUGCACUUUUCAAGGAGAUGCGGAAGGAUGGGCAAGUGCUCUUCCAGAAGCUCCCUCUCACCGAGUACCCCCUGUACCUCCGGCUGCUGGCGGGCCCCGACACAGAUGUGCUCAGUUUUGUGCUGAAGGAAAACGAAACAGGGGAAGUUGAGUGGGACGCGUUCUCCAUCCCCGAGCUGCAGAACUUCUUGAUGAUACUGGACAAAGAAGAAAAGGACAAAAUCCAGCAAGUGCAAAGGAAGUACGAGAAGUUUAAGCAGAGACUGCAACAGACCUUGAAAGAAGCCAGAGGCAAGCCUGGAUAAUUCUUCAGGAGGCGCUGGGCAUCAGACUAAGCUAGAUAUUAUUUUUAAAAUUAAAAGACACUUCUCAGGACACCUUAUAGUGGUCACCCUCCCCCUUCAUCCUUCCAUUAAGGACUGGCUCACAGCACCCAUAAAACGAACGUAUAGCGUUUUCUUCUUCUGCAACCUCUUAUCCCAGGACCAGAGCCGGUCAAAAACGGGAAGCCUGUUCUAGAACGGUCAACAGGCCAGACACAGCUGCUGGUUCGCUUUUCAGCUACACCAUCGGAUGGAGAAGCUUCGUGGAAAAUGCUCCGUGUUUAAACCCAACAGGACCGUCUACUGGCUGAUGUUUUGAGCAGGGUAACGCUUGCUGUUCGCGCUCCUCCCACCAACUCGCUCGUUCUUGUUCGGAGGCGCUGCGGCUCGCGGCCCGGGCCCACGUGGCCGAGGUCUCAUUUCGUAAGUAGGGCGCAGGAAGCAGCAGACAGAGCGAGGCGGGGGUUGCACCGAGCCACGGGGGUGUUGCAGCUGCAGCCAGAGUCGGACGGACUCGGUUGGGGCUAAGGCAGCCAGGGAAAUGUCAGGUUGUGACACCAAGGCAGCUGCAACACCCAAGCAGCCUGUUAAUAAGUAUUACUGAAACUUAGUAAUCUCAAUUCCAGGAAAAGUCACCCGUUUUAAUUCUAAUUAACUUCCAAUUUUGAAAACAGGUGUGAACUAAAGCAAAUACCCUUGAUGCUUAGCUAAGCUAGCCAGUGUUUUACCAGUUUUCUACUCUGUAGGAACUGGGACCUACGUUUGAACAAAUUCUGUUUGAAAAGUGUAAAGAUGAUGGUUGGGGCAUGGGCCGAUGGUUCGAUAUUAACGUUUAGCAAUACAUAUCCAAGAGGCUAAAAAGCUCAAACCCCCCCUUUCGCAAAUCAAACUGAUUUUGAGCUAUGAACAGCUCUGGCACCGAGGGAGAGGAGCUCCGAGCAGAGCCGGGGUGUGGAUGUGGCACCCAGAGCACAGGCUGCCCGCGUGGGAAAGCCCCAGCACCGGGACCAGCAAGGGAACCGUUGGCCUCGGCUGCUCCCUGCCUGUCGUGUGCUCCUUGCCCCCCCCUCCCCACUCGCAAUCGGUGCUCUGCCUGCAUGGCCAGGAAGGUUUUGCUCUCUCCGUGGAGCUAGGAGCGGAGAGGAAGGCUCUCCCUCCCCCUCUCUCAGGGCUCCCACUGUCUCUGCUGCAUGCACUCUGCCUCCUCCAAAAAAAAAAAAAA